AUGAAGAAGCAGAUAGAAGCAGCGCUUGCCAUUUAUUUCCUGUUGUUUAUAAUGAUCUUGUUCUACAUCAACCAACACGGUAUUAAAAACACCAGGCUCCAAUCUCCUCCGAUCAGCGCCCUACGAUAUUACCCUAAACAUCAGAGUAAUACAGAGAAAUUUUUGAACUCGAUAAAGGGUACAAAUAGAAGUCUUACAGUUGUUACGGCAUUGUUUAACAUAGGAAGUUUUGUUACUGGAAAUCGAUAUCAAAUAAGGACACCUGGCGACUAUAACUUGUGGAUAAAGACGUUUCAGUAUCUGAAAAAUCCUGUGGUGUUCUAUACAGAUGAUAGGACCUACGCACAUUCGUUUGCAGCACUCAGAAAAAGCUUCUCUCUGCUUACAGAGGUAGUGCAUAUUAAUCGAUCUCAGUUAUGGGCUUUUAGAAUAAUUUCUAAAAUCAAGAAAAUAUACUCAACUCCCGGAUAUCCGCGCCAUUACCCGAACACGUUUAUCCCGGAAUAUACAAGUUUAACCCAUUCUAAACAGCAGAUCCUUGCCGAUACUGUGAGUAGACAUCCGUUUGAUACAGACUGCUACUGCUGGCUGGAUGCAGGAUAUUUUAGAGACAGUAUUCAACUCGAGAAGAAAUUUUGGAUGGAGGUUCCAAACGACUUCAAUAAAUCUCGCAUUGGUGUGACUCGUGUGUUCCCUUCGGACUUAGAAAAUACUAAUGCAAAAUUUAUUUUGCUGAUGAAUAAGAAUUGGGUUGGUGGAGGACUCUUCUUAGGUACACCUUGUGUAAUUUUGAAGUUUCACGAUCAAUAUAAAAAGGCUGUGAUGCGAUAUUUAAAUCAAGGAAUCAUGAAUGUAGAGCAGCAUAUUCUGUACGCCAUGUACACGAAAGCAGAGAGGAAAAAAUAUCCUAUAGAUGUAGAAUUGCAGUUAUAUAUACCCGGACAGAAGCAUGUCAGGAACGGUAACCCGUGGUUUUAUCUGGGUUAUUUGAUGUAUAGGGAGGAACCAAAAUAGUGACAAUAAUUUUGAUGUUGUAGCUGAUCUUUCAGAUCAAUGUAUCCCUAUAAUAUACAGUGAUAGUAAUUUUCUAAUAAGAAUUACAAAUUUUGUGAAGUACUUUCUUAUAGAUUGGGGUUUUGUGAAUAUACUAAAUUUCUUAUAUAUUUUGUAUUUAGAACUGUUACAUGUAAUCAUGAACAAUGCAUGUACAGUGUAGUUUUCCCACUAAAAUUCAUGAUAAUCCUCACAUAAACUCUUGUUAAGUUAUCAAACUUGCUUUGUUCUGUACUAAUGAUUACGUUUGUAUCGUCUUUCCCUUUGAAGUGUAUAUCGUACAUGUAUCUUGAAUGUAAAAUUUUGUGAUGUGCCAUUUAAAUUAUAAAUGCAAUUGAUUGGUUUAAAUCAUAUCUGCAAGAUAGAAUUCUACGUGUGCAGAUGGGCUCCAUAUCCCCUGAUACUUUAGGCAUCACAGCAGGAGUACCACAAAGAUCUACCUUGGGUCCCUUGCUAUUUUUAUUUUACAUCAUUGAUAUUCCA